AUGAGUCUUCAUGAGGAAUUAGCAGUCGAGGGACCAAUCAACUGCCUGCUAAAAUGUCUCUCAUACAAGAAAUACCCAGCUAAGACUCAUCUAGAGCCAAAAUCUCUGCCAGGGUGCCAUUUUUGCUAUAAAUUAAGUUCACUUAUAGACAAAGGGUACCAAGAGGCGUCCCUAACAGCGGUUCGUCAAAAAAUCCUAGACAUAUACCCAUCUAUUUUCCAAUGCCAGAUUUGGGAUCUUAAGAUGGGAAGGCCUGUGUUGGAACGGACGUUUAUUCGGAAUGUUCAGUUAGAGCCGUUUACUUACAUCUGUCAUGUCUCGUAUUUUGUGAACAGAUGGGCAAUGGAAAUAGCGUGUUCUAAUUUUUCAGUUUGUAACAUUGCUAUAAUAACAGCGAUUCGAUACCUAGAGGUAAGUUUGGGCCACAGACUUCAGUGGGAACCACCAAUAGACUUGAAGCCAGCAGUGAUUCCACACCUCAAGGCAGAACGUACCGUAAAAGUGGAGGAGUUACUUGAGGAUCUGCUGGAGAGGAACAUGGUUCUGAGGUUGACUGAAGAGCUAAGGCGGAAAGUGAACGUUAACCUUGAAACUGUAUUGAAACGAUUCAAGGAGCUUGAGGCUGCAGGAAACCUCCAGAAACAGAGAGACCUGCAGCAAGAAAAAGAGCCGGAGUGGAAACUAAGAAAGCUAGAGAGUAAAUUAAUAUCACUCAUGAAAAUGCAGAAAGACCUAAAUGCCGAACUAAUGCUAAUACAGGAAAGACAUGUAAGAAUAAUCGAAAAGGUAAAUUUAGAGAUGUUGCAAAAUAUUAUUUUAGAAACAAAAAUUGAGCUGAAGGAAAAGCGAAGGAUGAAGCUUGAGCGGCGGACAAGUGGACUUGAAUUAGAGAGCGAUUUGAAGGAUGAGAUAGUUUUCCUACUGCGUUCGAAGAGGGUUUUGAAUCUCGAUAAGGUGUUUAUACGAGAAUGUAUGGCGCAGCACUUGGAACCAAAGUUAAAGGAAGAGCUGAAGAUGUUAACUGAACAAGAGCGCGUGCUGGAGCAUGAAUUGAUUGAGAGAAACCGUGGUCUCGAAAUCGAUCAACAGGAAUUGAGUCUAAAACAAGGGCUGAAGUUGCCAGUUGAUCAAAUACUUCAGCGGGAACCACCCAUGGAUUUGAAGCCAGCACAGAUUCCACGCCUCGAGGGCGAUCGUACCGACAAAGUGGAGGAGUUACUAGAGGAUCUGCUGGAGAGAGACAUGGUUCUGGGGUUGACUGAAGAGCUAAAGCGGAAAGUGAACCUUAGCAUUGAAAGUGUACUCAGACGAAUCAAAGAGCUUGAGAAUAUGACUGUUGAGCAUAAGGUGAAGAGCAUAGUAAAAACAAAAUGUGAGCUGAAGGAUGAGCUACAGUGGUUAAUUCAACUGGAGGAGAGCUGGCAGAGAGAGGAACUCUGUGAACAGAGAAAACUGCAGCAAGAAAAACUACUGUAUGAGGUAAAGAGUAAAGUUAAACAAGUUAUGGAUCUGAGGAAAAAGUUAAACGCCGAACUAGGGCACGAAUCGAUGUAUGAGAUAGUUUUUCUAGUACGUUUAAAGUGGGUACUGAAUCUUGAGGUGGCGUUUAUACGAGAAUGUAUGGCAGAGCUGGGGGAAAAACUGAGCUUGGAGGUGAAGCACUUGGAACCAAAGUUAAGGGAAGAAGUGGAAUUGUUGCUUCAACGAGAGCGCGUGCCGGAGUAUGAAUUGAUUGGAAGAAACCGAGGUCUACAAAUUGAUCAACCGGAGGUGAAGCUAAAACAAGGGCUGAAGUUGCCAGUUGAUCGAGUUCAUGAGUUGCAGAAUAAGAUAGCUUGUUUAGAGGAAAUAAAGCGGAUUUUGGAAACCGGACACCGGAGACAGGAGCUCGAUCAAGAGGAGUCGAAUUUGAAACAGAAGCUGGAGUUCCUACUUGAACGAGAGCGUGGGUCACGACAUGAAAUGCAGUACAGAGAUUACCAGGUGCUGAAGUUUGUACUUGAUCAAGAACGUCGGUGGAAGGGAGAGCUGCAGGAGCGUGAAGAGAACCCAGUUGCUUUUGUAAACCUUGAACAGGAGCUGGGGAGAGAAUGGAUAGCUGAGACCUGGAAAACGUGGACUUGGCUAUCUAAAUGUGAGCGUGGGCUGACUAGUACAGAAUUUGCGUGGGUGAGAAACCGAUUCCAUGAGCUCAAACAACUUGAGGUAAAUCUGACAGCUGAGGAGGAGCUUGAGAGCUUACUUAUAAAAGAAGGAAGAAUGUAUGAUGAACUGACCUCUGAUAGGGUAACAGAGUUUGAUCGGACGAUGGAACGCAUAUUCCGUGAUUUCGAACUGCCCCAAAUAUAUCGAACAACUGAGGAGCUUGGGCACUUAUUUGCAUGCAGACAACUUUUCUCUUCACAGUUUUGGGAGGAUUGGAGACUAUGUUUGCCUGGAAGUAAACAAAGUGAAAUAGAGGAAUCGAAGAAGAAGAACCUUGAGACUUUACAAGAAAGGAAGCGAGAGCUUAUGCAUGAGAUGGAGAUGGAACUAAAUAGAAAGAGAGACCAUGAGGUCAAAGGUGCGCAAUGUUGGACGGCAUGGGUGGAGAAUGAGCUUAUGCCCAAAGGUAUAGAGAAUUUGAUGAUGAAGAAAUACCGUUGGCUGAGGCUAGAUAUGUUGACAAAACGUCGAUGGAAGGGAGAGCUGCAGGAGCGUGAAGAGAACCCAGUUGCUUUUCUAAUUGAACGCAACCGUGAGCUAGAGCAUGAGCGAAGAGACGUACAUGUAAACCUUGAGCAGGAGCUGGGGAGAGAAUGGAUAGCUGAGACCUGGAAAACGUGGACUUUGCUAUCUAAAUGUGAGCGUGAGCUGACUAGUACAGAAUUUGCGUGGGUGAGAAACCGAUUUCAUGAGCUCGAUCAGCUUGAUGUAAAUCUGACAGCUGAGGAGGAGCUUGAGAGCUUACUUAUAAAAGAAGGAAGACUGUAUGAUGAACUGACCUCUGAUAGUGAACCAAAU